UUCUUCUUUAGGAGCUGACGGCCCAAGACAGUUUCCUUCUUCUUCUUCUUCUUCUUUUUUUUUUUUAAUAGUUUUAUUUGCCACCAUUUUCUUCAACAAAGAUAUCCUCCAUCUUUCUCGUUCCUUCAGCGGAAUACGGAGAAAGUUGCAAUUUUUCAUAUCCUUAAUAAAACCCCCCAAAACCUCAAAAUUAUCAGCCAUGGCUACACUCUCCAUUGACAUUGGAACAACCUUUCUGGGCUUAGCCAAGAGUCAACCCGCCUCCCUUAACCGUUUCGGCAGAAUAUUCUUUCCUCAGCUAUGGAGGAGGAACAACGUUUCUCAGAGUAGCAGUUAUUCAGUAGCUCCUGCAGCUUAUUCCAGAGUUGAGUCAUGUAAUUACACUUCAUGGAGAAGAAAAAGGUCGUCUCGCAGAUUCAGUGCCUCUGCCGCAACUACAUCGACACCCCAGAGUGAGGAUUCUGAUAUUUUGACGAAAAUCCCUCCUGAUAAUAGAAUUCCGGCUACCAUUAUCACCGGGUUUUUGGGCUCUGGAAAGACAACGCUGUUGAAUCAUAUAUUGACUGCUGAUCAUGGAAAACGGAUUGCAGUCAUUGAGAAUGAGUAUGGAGAAGUUGAUAUUGAUGGUUCGUUGGUUGCUGCUAAAGCAGCAGGAGCAGAAGACAUUAUUAUGCUCAACAAUGGGUGCUUGUGCUGCACGGUGAGGGGUGAUCUCGUGAGGAUGAUUGCAGACCUGGUCAAAAGAAAGAAGGGGAAAUUUGAUCAUAUAGUAAUAGAGACCACAGGGCUAGCAAAUCCAGCGCCAAUAAUUCAGACAUUUUAUGCCGAAGAUCAGGUUUUUAACGAUGUUAAACUGGAUGGUGUUGUCACAUUAGUUGAUGCUAAACAUGUUGGUUUACAUCUGGAUGAAGUUAAACCAGAAGGAGUAGUCAAUGAAGCAGUUGAGCAGAUUGCUUAUGCUGACCGCAUAAUAGUUAACAAGACAGAUCUUGUUGGCGAGAAAGAUAUUGCCUCUUUGGUCGACAGAAUCAGGAACAUAAAUCGCAUGGCGCAAUUGAAGCGAACGGAGUUUGGGAAAGUUGAUUUGGAUUAUGUUCUUGGCAUUGGGGGUUUUGACUUGGAAAGAAUUGAUACUGCUAUUGAUGCUGAAAGUUCGGAGGAUCAUGAUCAUGAUCACCAUCAUCAUCAGGAACAUGAGCAUGACCAUGAUCACGACCAUGACCAUGAGCAUUGCCACGACCACAAGCAUGAACAUCAUGAUCACCAUGCGCAUGAUCACACACACGACCCUGGUGUUUCCUCUGUCAGCAUUGUUUGUGAAGGAAGCUUAGAUCUCGAGAAGGCUAACGUGUGGCUUGGCACAUUAUUGUUGGACCGAAGUGAGGACAUAUACCGCAUGAAGGGUCUUCUAUCAGUCGAAGGAAUGAACGAGAGAUUUGUCUUCCAGGGGGUUCACGACAUUUUCCAGGGGUCGCCUGAUAGACCAUGGUUUCCAGAUGAACCAAGAGUGAACAAGAUUGUGUUUAUCGGGAAGAAUUUAGAUUCCGAGGAACUGGAGAAGGGAUUCAAGGCUUGUUUGUUGUGAUUCACUGAUUCUAGGAAUUCUCCCUUCCUCUACGGAUGACAAUUUAUACAAACACUGCUUAGUCUGAGCUUUUCUUCAGACAAGUCUACUCUGUUUACUUGUGAUGCUAAAGUAGCUAUUUUUCUGUGUUUGUUAUGUGUCCAUUAACUUCCAUGUAUUAUGUGAACCUUUGGUUCAAAUCAGCCAUACUAUCAGUUACAGGGCAAGUACCGGCCGGGAUACAAGCUGGGUGAAAGAUGACAUGACAUGACACUAUGUUCUGGUAAUGGUUAUCUGAAAAAGAAAAGGAAGUUUCAUAAAUUUUUAGACAUCAGAGUCUGCUCUUUACUCUUUACAGUUAGUACAUGUAAUCGGAGUGAAAGAUUUACAGAACAAUUCACUGGGGCAAUUUUCCAGACAGGAAAGUGGCAAACUUAUUAGCCUUAGAAUAAGAAUACAGAAUUCCAUUGCAGUUCAACAGCUCUUCAAGCAAAAUCUUCACUCUUUCAGGCUCAGAAGUCUCGCAUUCAAUCUCAUAACACGUCCCGAAAUCAUAACGAGUUUCAUCCAGCUCCAACUUCAAUCCAUUCCAUUCAUACACUGCUCUCACAUUUCUGAAUCCUCCCAAGCAAACCAACUUCUUGUCAUAAUCAUCAUCUCUAAUCCCGUAUUCUUCUUUCACCCUCUUCAUAAUUUCCGACGAUUGAUCCAUCUGUAACAGCCGCCACGGCUCCGCCAUACAUGCCCUGCCAAUUGCGGGGUCCAGGGGCUCUUCGUGUUCUUCAAUGCGGCUGAUUCCGUCGGCCAAUACCGGUUUUGCUUUGAGGGAGAGGACACAUCGGGAGUCGAGGUCGUAGAAGCGGAGCCGGAGGGCGGCGAGGUUGGUGGAGAGCUCUGAAUUGGAGCCGUCGAAGAAUAUGUUUUCUUGGAUGUGGGUUUUGAGAUGGAACGGCGAGAGGACGGAGGAUAGGCGUUGGUGGGCGUUUGCGUCCGGCAACCGGAGCUUGACUUCUACUUCCAUCGCCGUUAACGCGGCGGCGUUGGAGGUUGAUUGUGGCUAUAUGGCUAGUUUGUUUGUAAGUUUUGUAGGAGGGAAUUUAGCGCUCUCGUUUCUCUCAUCUGAAAGAUCAGAUUAGGCUCCCUUUACCAAUAAUGCUUUUCACCCAUUUCCCCCCCUAACUAAAGAAAAUGCUAAAUUUCACCCAUUUUCUCCCUUGGUUUUUACGAGUUUGACUUAAAUAUAUUUUCAUAGGGC